AUGGAGGCCCUGGAAGAAGCUGAACUCUGCUUUCCCCAACUCAACACCUCCUGCAGGAAGACGAUACGUCCUCACUCGGAGACCUCGCUCAUCUACAGUCUGCUGACCUGCAUCGCUCUGCUCACUGUGGUUCUUAACCUUCUGGUCAUCAUCUCUAUCUCCCACUUCAGGCAGCUCUUCACCACCACCAACCUCCUCCUCCUCUCUCUGGCUUUCGCAGACUUCCUCGUGGGUCUCCUGCAGAUGCCAGUUCUACUUCUCGGCAGCCAAGGCUGCUGGAUCCUUGGUGACUUCACAUGUGCUGUACAUUACUUUUUAGGUUUCCUCAUUGUCAGUGUUUCAGUGGGAAACAUGGUGCUCAUAUCGGUUGACCGCUAUGUGGCUAUUUGUGAGCCCAUGUCUUACACCACCAAAGUCACUGUGAAAAGAGUUCAGCUCUGCAUUUGUCUGUGUUGGAUAUUUUCUGCUGUCCACAGCAGCUGGAUACUGAGGGAUUUCCUCAAACAACCACACAGGAACAACUCCUGUUAUGGAGAGUGUGUAGUUGUAGUCAGUUUUGUUGAAGGAGCUGUUGACCUUGUUGUGACCUUUUUAGGCCCCAUUUUAGUCAUUACACUUCUGUAUCUGAGAGUGUUUGUGGUGGCUGUGUCCCAGGCUCGUGCCAUGCGUGCUCACGUUGCAGCCGUCACACUCCAGCGUUCAAAGGCCGUAAAAGCUAAGAAAUCUGAAAUGAAAGCCGCCAGGACUCUUGGUGUUGUAGUGGUUGUUUUUAUGUUGUGCUCCUGUCCAUAUUAUUGUUUCGCUGUUGCAGCUGAGAGCAACUCGGUAGGGUCAUCAUCUGCAGCUGUUGAGAUUUGGCUGGUGUAUUUCAACUCCUGUCUCAACCCUGUGAUCUAUGUUUUUUUCUAUCCUUGGUUCAGGAAAUCUAUUAAACUCAUUGUUACACUUCAGAUACUGCAGCCUGGCUCCUGUGAGGCCAAUUUAAUGUAG